AUGUGCACGCAAGUUGUCAUUAUCACCAACAUCAACCACAUCUCCCUUGUGUCAUCUGUGUGCUGCGCAACCACCCGAAAGCCUCAAGCUUCCUUCGACCCAUCCGAGCCGACCGCUUACCAGACAGUGUCUUUGAGUGCUACCACCAACAAGCUCGAGAUGAUUACCGACGGGGAACUCUACCGCCUGGCCAUAUUCCUCGGCUCGGCAGCCAUGAUUUUGAUCAUUCUCUAUCAUUUUUUUGAAAUCAACGCCAACGAGGAUGAAGGGAAAGCUGUACAAGAGAAGGCAGCCGAUAAAGCGCCAAUGGAGAAGACGUCCAAGUCACCAACACUAUCAGCAGCCACAUCUACGAAGCAACGGUAA